UACCAACUCCAAGCCCAACCGAAAAACCGGUGCCACCGACCCAUCAAAGGAGCGCUCGCGGAGCGCUCAGCGCCCCGCUCGCGGGCCAUGGCGGAGCUCAGCCCCAAGCCCCCGCCGGCGCCGGUGCCCCCGCCGCCAGAGGAAUGCGCGACGUUGAGCAGUGGGCAGACCUGGUGCCAGAAGGGCUGCUUUGCCAUGUCGCUGGUAUCGCCGCUGGCCUGUGGCAGCGUCCUCUUCUUGGUGAAGGACAUCUACGUGCUGGAGCUGGCGGCGGACGUGCACGUCAUGGCGGCGGUGGGCUCGGUGGUGGCGGUUUGGGGCCCUGCCAGCUACCUGCUGGCAGGGUACUGCCUGGAGAAGGGUCUGCUGGGCCGCUGGUUCCCCUGGGCCACCUGGGGCCGCCGGGCCCCCUGGUUCCUCACCCACUGCGCCGCCUGCGCGGUGACCACCGCCGCACUGUAUUUGCCUCCCUCCUGGGACCCCAUCGCCCUGUGCGUGUGGUACCUCGUCUGGGGCUGCCUUUCUGCCUGGUUUCUGGCGGUACAGUUCACCUGUUUCGAGUCUUCCCGUGCGGAGAUCUACCCGACCAAGGAGGAACGCAGCGAGACGGAGACCUUGUGCAAGAUGAGCUCUGGACUAGGCAACGCCUUGGGCUUGGUGCCACAACUCGUGGUCGCGGCCAAUGUCACCCGGCUCUCCUUGUCCCUGGCGGGUCUCGCCUUCCUGGCCACCGGCCUGGUGUCCUUGAUCUCCAUCCCGGUGCUGAGGCAAGCAAAGCGCGCCUUCGACCCCAGGGCCAUUUCCGGGUGCUUUGCCUGGGAGUACCUCGAGGUGCUGAGACAGCCCGCCUUCCUGCUGCUGUGCAUGUACCGCUUUUUCGACGGCGCCAUCAACACCCUGUUGGUUAAUGGCGCUCUGUACUACUUCACCUUUGUCAGCGGCUUCAGCGCUGGGGAACGGUCCUGGUACAUCUCCUUGACAGGUGCGGCUCAAGGUGCUACGACCUUCCUCCUGCUGCCCGUGUGGACCAUCUUCUUCCGGAAGAGGCGGAAGGUGAACAUCUCCAAGGUUUGCGCCGUUGCGCUGGGCGUGGGUCUGCUGGGCCCGCUGCUGCUGGCACUGCUGCAGGAUUUGGUGCCACAGCCCUGGGGGUUCUUGGUCUACUUUGUCUUCGUCGGGGGCUCCUUGACGGGGCAAACUUAUUGGCGCUCCAUUGCGCUAUGCUGGAUCGUGGACGAGGACUGCCAGGCCAAGGCGGGCCGCAGGCGCGAGGCUAUCUUCGUGGGCUGCAUCUCCUUGGUGUCGUCGGUGGGCCGCGCGGCGGCCUCGGGGGGCUUGCUCUUCGCGCUCUCCUUCGCGGGCCUGGAGGUGCGGAACUGCGCGGCGGAGUGCGCGGGUGCGGGGCAGAGCUGCCGAGGGGAGUGCGAGGAGAAGAACUUUGAGCAGCAGGAUCCUGCGGUGGCUGCCUGCAUCCAACUCUUCUACUACGCCGUGAUUCCCAGCUUCCAGGUGGUGGCCUGUGUGGCCACCUUCAUGUUCCCCAUCCACGGCCCGCGCUUGGAUCGCCUCUACGAGCGCCAGGAGGUGAUCUAUGCUGAUGUGUCUCCAGCCUCGAAGAAAGCCGUGUUGCCGAUUGAGCAAACUGAACAGGAGUGAGCCGGAUGCAUGGACGUGACUGUUUGUCUGCUUGCUUGGUUGCUCGGUUGCUGUUUGUCUGAUUGUUUGCGCAUUCUCGCGA